GAAGCCGAAAUCAGAAGGAGGUGGAGAGACUGGAGAUUUUGCGGAGGUGGCAUACUAUGUUCUUAGGAGUCGCUGUGAUGACAAGGGCAACAUGACUCUCUUGGAUGUAGACAUACAACUGACUUCCAUUGCUGAAAAUUAUGCAGCAAAAAAGCAUGAGGAUGUUGAAAAAUCUCUGCUCAUGAUGCUAAGGAAAAUGACAGCAACAGAGCAAAAAUGGCUUAUUCGUGUUCUCCUGAAGGACAUGAAACUAGGCAUUGGCCAGGGUACAAUCUUUAAUGCCUGGCACCCAGAUGCAAAAGACUAUUUUGAUGUGAAUAACAGCUUGGAAAAAGUAUGUAAAACUCUGCGAGAUCCUACUGUUCGUCUCCAUGAAAUCGAGGUGUCCCUCUUUUCUGCCUUCCGUCCCAUGCUGGCUGAACGUGCAGUGCUGGAGAAAGUGGACACACAGAUGGACCAUAAGACUUACUAUGCUGAAACCAAAUAUGAUGGGGAACGGUCCCAGAUUCACAAGAAUAAAAAUUCCUACAAGUACUUUUCACGAAAUGGCUUUGAAUUCACCAACAAUUUUGGAGGUGACCCAAACAGUGGCCUCUUUACACCACACCUCCAUGGCCAGUUCCUUCCCCAUGUGAAAGACAUUAUCCUUGAUGGGGAGAUGGUGGGAUGGAGCAAGAAACAUGGUGCUAUUGUUAGCAAAGGAGAACAUUUGGAUGUCAAAAAUCUAAAAGAAGAUGGGGACUUGCAGGUUUGCCUUGUCCUCUUUGACAUCAUUUACCUGAAUGGCCAGGUGUUGACUAAUUUGCCUCUGUCGGAGAGGCUUGAAAAGCUGAAGACUGUGCUCAUACCAUUAGAGGGAAGAAUCCAGUUCUCUGCAAAGGUGGAGGUCACGACAAAGGAAGAUGUCAUCAGAGUCUUGAAUGAAGCCAUUGACAAUCGAGAAGAAGGAGUUGUGCUGAAGAACCCAGAUUCCAUUUACAGCCCUGCUUCUCGGAAAGGAGGUUGGAUCAAAGUCAAGCCAGAGUAUGUGGACUCCUUGGUCUCAGAACUUGAUCUACUGAUCAUUGGAGCGUAUUAUGGAUCGGGAAGGCGCAAAGGGGUGCUCUCUCAUUUUCUGCUGGGUGUUGCUGUCCCCAGUAAUGAAGUUGGAGGAAAACCUACAGAAUUCCACUCAUUCUGCCGUGUCGGGUCAGGCUACACCUUUGCUGAACUUGGUGACCUCGUGGCUAAGUUGUCUCCCCAUGCCAGGAAAGGGCAAGCUCCCCCUGGGGUCUUUGUGACCAGGGAAAAGCCAGAUCUGUGGAUUAAUCCUGCAAAGUCAUGCAUUGUGCAGGUAAGAGCUGCAGAGGUAGUAAAAAGUGAAAUGUACAAAACUGGAGUGACUCUGAGGUUCCCUCGUGUGGAGAAGGUCCGUUAUGACAAGCCUUGGUACGAUACACUUACAACAAAAGAAUUGGAUUCACUUGUUAAGGAAGCAUCUGGUAAGCUGGCCACAAAGCACCUUCUGGAUAUAAGUGAUGAACCCCCACUCAAGCGUAAAGCAUUGCCAAAAGUGGAACAGAUAUCCCUUCCUAUGCACUUCCGUCCAGCUGACUUAUCGCGGGUUGUCAAAAAAGAUGAAUUGUUCAGUGGGCUGGAGAUGUGCAUAAUGAGUGGUGAUGAAGACUACACCAAGCAACAGCUGGAGAAGAUUGUGGUAGAGCAUGGUGGUUCCUUGACUCAGCACCCAGGAGGGAACACAUAUUGUAUCAUCACAGACACAAGGUCUGUUCGUGUCAACAAUUACAUAGCGACUUCUACUUAUAAUGUUAUUCGGCCAUCAUGGGUCAUUUCCUGUAAAGCCAAGUGUUGCCUGGUACCAUGGGGUCCCUUAGAUGCCAUACACGUCAUGGAAAAAGAAAAGAAACGCAUGGAGGAGUUGUAUGAUAAAUUUGGUGACAGCUAUUAUGAACCCACAGAUGAGAAGACACUGAAAAGAGUUAUGGAGAACAUGAAGAAAGAGGACUGUAUUCCCCUCACAGUGGAGGAAAUGCGUGAAUUUGAUGAGGCAUUGUGCGAGAUGGAUGAAACCCGUGCAUUGUUCCGUCCAGUCACAGCAGUAUUUAUGGAUGGGGAAGGGCAAGAACUAGCCUCCCUUGCCCUUAGGCUUCAUGGUGGUUUUGUUAAGAAGAGUUCGUCUGGGGUGACACAUAUUGUUGUGUCAGACAAGGAGGAAAGUAACUCCAGAAUACGGCCAAGCGAGUACCAGGGACAGCAUCUAGUUACAUCGAAGUGGGUGUACGACUGCAUCGAUAAAUGCAAACUUUUGGAAGAGCGCUAUUAUAUGCCAUGAAUCGGUACUUAAAUUUUUGGCCAAGGAAUAUUCCACUGACAUGUCUAUUUUCCUGUAAAAACUUUAAGGCCUUCACUAAGGCAUUUUUCAUUGUAAGAUUAAGAGUGUUAUUGGAUAAAGAAGGCAAGAAAGAAUUUUUUAAGUAUAUGAAAGUACACACUAACAUGUAAGAUUUUUUCCAGUGGUUGUAUGCAAUUGAUUUACAAUGGCAAGCUCAUAACCUUUUAAAUCAAUUAUAUAUGUAUUGAAGAGCACCUUUACUGGGACUGUAUAGUUUAAAAUCUGAUUCUGGUGAUUAAAUAUUUUUUUCAGUUUUAUAUAAAUCAAAUAUCCUUAGAAUAUCUUAAUAUUUUAUUACUGAUGGUACUAAUCUAAAGAUUUUGAAGUAUCAUAACUAUCAAAAGAAGCAAAUAUGCAUACUUAUAUGAAUAUGUGAUUGUUAGUCAAAUAAACUGUGAUAUAAUUUGA